AUGGUUAAGGCUAGGAAAUAUGUGGUGAAAAAGUAUUUUGAGGGAAUGCCAAAGCGCGAUGAUUUUGAAAUUGUUGAAUAUGAUCUACCUCCCAUCCGGAAUGGAGAGAUCCUUGUUAAAACAGAGUUCGUUGGAGUAGAUCCAUACAUGCGUGCUUAUAAUGGAAGAUAUCCAAUUCCUUAUGACCAGUUCGGCUUUCAAGUAGGGUUGGUUGAAGACUCAAAAGACCCACGGUAUCCGGUUGGUACAAAAGUAGUGUCACAUAAAGGCUGGUGCACACACAGUGUAAUUAACGCAAAUGUAGCAUCAUCUCCUAUUGAUGUAGUGAAUAAGGCGCCAAAUUUGAAUGGUUUAUCGACUUCUCUAGCUAUCGGUGCUAUAGGUAUGCUAGGAGCAACUGCAUAUUUUGGUUUCCUUGAAAUUUGUAAGCCCAAACCCGGUGAAACUGUCGUUGUAACAGGCGCGGCUGGUGCCGUUGGAUCACUUGUAGGACAAAUUGCGAAAAUAAAAGGCUGCAAAGUAAUUGGCUUCGCAGGUACAGAUGAUAAAGUUGAGUGGUUAGAAAAAGAGUUAGGUUUUGAUAAAGCUUUCAACUAUAAGACCGUAGAUAUUGGAAAGGCUCUCAAAGACGCAGCUCCAAAUGGAAUAGACUGUUACUUUGAUAAUGUUGGUGGAGAAAUGAGUAGUAUUAUAAUGAACCAAAUGAACCAUUUUGGAAGAGUGUCAGUUUGUGGAAGUAUUAGUGCGUAUAAUGAAGAUAUCGCAAAUUUGCCUAGAGCUCCGAUAGUUCAAAUGGAUAUUGUAAUGAAGCAACUAAAAGUCGAAGGUUUCUUAGUACAUCGCUGGAUUACCAGAUGGCCUGAAGCAUUUUCUGAUCUCAGUAAAUGGAUCAAAGGUGGACAAAUUAAAACCAAAGAACAUAUAACAGAAGGUUUUGAUAAUAUUUAUGAUGCAUUUGUAGGAAUGCUGGCUGGAAAUAAUACCGGUAGAGCGGUAGUGAAAAUA